UGUGCGCAUGCCCAGACGAAAGCUGCUAGUGUUGUCUUGUUCGUUAGAGUUGUUAGAUCGUUUGUAGGGAGUUUGUCGUUUGUUUCUUCAUUUCUACCACAGCUCAAACCGCAGAAUGAGUAAAUCUAGUUUUAAAUCGGUUGGCGGUGGAAGUACAGAUGGACUCGAUAAGGUUGACAUGUCUCUAGAUGAUAUUAUCCGACUGAAUAGAAAGCAGAAUCAAUUUCAGGCCCAGAAGUCAAAGCACAGACCCCCGGUGAAAGGUCGCUUCAACCAAGGGAUGAAAACUGGGCCAGGAGCUGGAGUGCCACCUAAAAGAGGAGGUGUUGUGAGCAAAAGCUUCACUCGAAACCGCAAGCUUCCUCCCACGGUGAGCAGGCGUCGUGGGCAGGGGGUCAUCACUGGUUUAGCGGCGAGAAAAAAUGCCGUCCUUCUUAAAGGGAUCAGUCCACUCAACCGACCCGUCCAGAACAGACCGGCUCAGACAAGACCGAUGCCCAACAGUGCUGCUGUGAUCCAGAGGUCUCAGCCAUUUGUCCAGCGACGGCAGCUGCAGAUCCAGAGGAGAACAAACCGACAGAUGGACGCUCAGAAACCUCCGGGCUCAGUGUCUUACAGACCCUUUCAGCUGCGCAGAAAAUGGAAUGCUCAGACUGCUCAGCAAACACAGAGAGAAGCACGCCAGGCCACCUUUCUCUUCAGAAGAGGACUCAAAGUUCAUGCACAGGUUCAGAAGAGCAGGUCUGCUCAGCCCACACAGAGAACUCGCUCGUGGCGCACUCCUACAAACAACAGUGGCAUCCUCACUGUGUCCAUAGACAACCCCACAGCGAGAACACAGCCCGAGCCGGCUCAGUCCUGGUCCCUGCACCCCGUGACUCCGGCACGCUCCUCACCUCCUCAGGAGGAGCCCGAGAGGAAACCCCCUAAAGGGGUCGCCCUGCAGUUCGAUAUCAACAGUGUUGGCAAACAGACCGGCAUGACCCUGAACGAGCGGUUUCGGCUCCUGAAGGACCAGCGUGUGGCGGCAGCACAGCAGAGCAGCAAAGGAGGACGCUUCGUCACUGUGGCCUAGAGCUGAACUCUGAUCACACACGACCGAACAGAGACCUGAGCCGGACUAACACUGUCAUGACUCCAAUCCAUCAGCCCUAAUGAAGGAGACUUCAUCACAACCGGGAUCUGCUGGUUUUCUGGAAGAAGAGACGUUUAGGGAAGUGACUGAUUUUCUGUUUUUUUUGUUGUUGUUUUUUUUCAGGUUCUUUUCUUAAGAGCUGCCAUUCUUUCCUCACAAAGCAAGCAUUAGCUGUUGUGCCUGAGUUUGUUACGUUGUUGUCUCCUGAACUGCCCUUGAUAUGUGAUGGCGUCCUGUUUUUUAUAUAUGCCUAAAGCAGCUGCAGCUAACUGAGUUGAAACAUUUCUGGAUAGACUUUGUUUUUCAUGAAACGGUUGUGACACCGAACAUUCUUUUUGUAGAGCAAAAAAAAAAAAAAACAUUUUAAGAUGUUUUAUAUUAUUUCAAUUAAAAAACUAAAUUGUGCAA